AUGUAUGAGGAUUUAGUGUUGAAAGUGAAGAGUAUUGCAAAAAAAAGCUCAGCCGUUGGAUUGGAGGAGAAUAGGCAAUCGGAGCGCCCAGACGACGACACAUGUCUUCUAGCUGUUGGUGGAGCGCAUGACGUCAUCCCCCCCCCCUUUGGGCUCAAACUCGGGCUAAAGUUGCCUUCGGGCCAGCCCGUCUUCGUGGGUCCCACUCCCAACACUGGCUUGGGCUCUUCGCUGGAAUUGGGUUUUUUUUUCUCCCCCCAAAUAGAGGCUGGGCUCCUCGCUGGAGUUGCUCUAAGAAAAAGGGGUUUCUCAUACACAUACUAUCAAUGUGUGUGCCAUAGGGAUUCAUAG